AUGAGGAAGGAAGCGAAAGAUGGACAAGUCGAGAACCUCGUUCCGAUAAUCAUGCUGAACGAAAACCUGAGAGCCAACCAGGCAAUGAAAGUGGCCUUCAUGCUGGCUCAGGAAUCAGCAAGGGGCUUCUAUGAAGUGGCUGAUGAUAUGCGGCAGACUGCCAAGGGAAGACACCGCGCUGUUGCGGAUAUUUUCAUUGAAGGAUGCAGAAACAUUGUCAUGGGGCUCACUCAUUGGAGGUAA